AUGUCUACGCUCCAGGAACAGCUUUCUACUCUCGCGGCUUGCAUCCAGGACAAGCCUCCGUACUGUAGCGGCACCCUAAGGCUACCCGCUCAAGAUCUCACGAUGUUCUAUGGAAAGGACAGUGAUGCGAGGCGUAUCAACUUCGCUCAGGCCGGAGAGGAAGAUAUCGAGCACGUCGCACAGUCAUGCGACAUCGCGACGUUUGGCGUGAACCAGAAAGACGUCCACGACGAAUCGUACCGAAAGGCAGGGAAACUCGAUGCAGAGCACUUCUCUCCGAAGUUCGAUCCUACACGCUCCGGACUCUUGGACAUCAUUGGGACGGAGCUGAUGGAGAGGGAUAGAGAUAGCCCGUCUGUCCGUGCGGAACUGUACAAGCUGAACGUGUACGGGCCAGGAUACUCCCCGCAGUGCUAUAUGUUCGGCUCCCUCGUGGUCGUGUAUCCCUCCCCACACGAAGGUGGCACUCUAGUGCUUCGUCACGAGGGCAAGGAAUGGACAUUCGACUCGUCCAAGAUCCUCGCCAACCAGCAAUCCGAACAGCCUUGUCUGGCAUACAUCGCCUUCUUCAGCGACGUCGAACAUGAGGUACUCGAGGUCAAGUCCGGCUAUCGCAUUACCAUAACGUACAACCUCUACUUCAAGCCAUCUCAGCCCCCGUUGCCUCCCGCACAUCCCUUUACCUUCGGGCCAGAUCUAAAGGCAGUAUUGCAGCGCCUAUUGGAAGACCCCACGUUUCUUCCUAAGGGCGGUCACUUAGGCUUCGGCCUCAGCCACCGCUACCCUGUCGAGAGGAGGAUGGACGCCAGAUGCUGCGACUUGCAGACGUGUCUGAAAGGCGGUGAUGCCGUUAUCAUGAAAGUCUGCACCGACCUCGGUCUCAAGUCUUCGCUGAAAUUCCUGGUCGAGGACACCGACAUGACCAUCAGGAAAGGAGGCAGAGACGUGGUAUAUGUCGCGUAUAUCAUGCUGGACCGCCUGGUUGAUACCCAUAGCGACAUGCUCGACGGACCGAUGCGCUACCACCUACGGGACAUGGGCGGUCGUCUCGUGACCCCUAUUCCACCGGAGUACAGAACCAAUUCGCUGUCGAAGCCUGACGUCCUCGUGCGCUGGGUUGUGCGACCGAAGCGCGAUGCCAACCUCAAGAGUCGUUUCAUCGCGUACGGCAACGAGCCUUCUGUAGGGUAUGAGUACGCGCACCUAUGUGUCGUCGUGGACGUGGGGAAGUUUGGUGAGAGACAGCUAGGCGAAGUCGAAGAGAUUUACAGCGAUGACGACUUUGGGGAGGCGAGCGGCACGGACUCCGAUGACGACAGGGAGUUGGACGUUGCUUCCGAGUCUAGCGACGUAGUCGAAGAAACGGCGCCCGUCAGUGAGGACACAGACUCUGCCUGA